GCUGGUCUGCCUGGAGGAACUCUCUGUGCUGCUGCCGGGCUCCGGAGCCCAACGCUGAUAACGAAAGUAUGGGUGGCAGGCUGAGUAGGAAGAAGAGGGGCUACAAUGUGAAUGACCCAAAAGACAGCAAACCUGUUGCAGAGUCCACUGACCAGCCUGAGGUGAAACAAGAUGAGCCUGAAAGCAGGGAUGUUUCCAAGGAACAGCUCAAGACUCCAGCAGCUGAGCUGCCUGACCAGCAACCAGAUGAGGCCCCCAAAACAACGGGUGAAACCACUGCAGGAAACCAAACUGACCUGACCACUGUGACCAUUGAAGGCAAAGCAGGCAUUGAUCCUCAGGAUAAUGAGGCUGUACAUUCUUCAGAGGCACAACAGAGUGCAACCUUUACAAAUUCUGUAAAACCAACAGAAGAAUUGAGCCAGGAGGAGCAUCUAACAAAGGCUGAAGUUGAGAGCUCAGUGCCAGGUAUUGGCUCAAGUGCUGCAGUUCAUGUGCCAGUGCCUAGUGAAGAGAAGCCAAGUGAUAUGGUGGCAGUGUGCAGCCCAGAUGGAGAAGCCCAGGAGGAACCAACUCUGGGCACAGGGAGUGUGGCUGAAGUGUCAAAUCUGCCAACUGAGGAGAGAUUCCACUCUGACCAUCCUGCACCAAACAUCAUGGAAGACAGUCAACAAUCACACUCUAGUGUGAGCCCAGAUGCCAAAGUAGAAACUGGCCAAUUUCCUGAAGAAAUUGCUGAGAUGUCUAUGCAAGAGUUGACCAAAACCCAGGAUAGUCUUUCCCAACAACCUGCUGUGAAAGAACAAGCUGAAAGCUCUGACCUAGAGAUCAAGUCUGAGCCUGGAGUCGAAAAUGUGCCACAUGAGGACAAGACACCGAAAUUGUCUGAAAUAACAGAAGAAACUGCUAUUGAUGUUGUCUUGAAGAAUGAAAUGGCCAAAUGUGCAGAUCUAGAGAAAAAUGUUCUUGGGCCAUGCAGUAAGGAUGACGUUCAGGAAAAGCUGGUGAGUGAGUCUAUUCUCACCACUGUCCAAAUAGAAGCUGAUAUAAAAACAGAAACCGAGAAUUCUGACAAUUUGCAAGAUGGCUCUGCUCAAGGACUCACUACUGAAUUGUUAGAUCAAGACCAAGUGCUGGAAGGUUCUGGAAAUCUAUCUGUAGACACUUUGAAGGAGAACAGUGUACCAGAAAGUGUGACUGAUGUAGUUCCAGCAGAUCCAAAGGAUCCUGACACUGACCAUGCACCAGAGAAUACUUUCCAUGUAGUCACAAAAUCGCCAGAUUCCAUGGUGGCUGAAUGUGCUCCAGAGCUGAUUACUCCAGUAACUGUGAAGGAAGUGAUCCCAGCAAGAUCUCCAGAUCCUACAGCAGUGGAAUGUGCUCCCAGGGCUAGCCCAAAUGUAGAGGAGGAAGUGCCUGAAACCAUGAGUGAGCCAAUUCCAGAACUGAGCUGCCAAGACCGUGCAGAAGUAGCCCUGCUUAACAGCAGUUCUGAGAAAAUACCGGCUAUUAAGCUCACUGUCUGUACAGAAGCAACACAGGAAGAGAAAGUAGAAAUGGAUACAGAACUAAUGACUAAGGAGUCUACGGAUGUUUUUGACACCACUGAUUCAGAUCUCCAAAAUGAAGUGCCUCCUGAGAAACAGUCCACUUCAUUCUCAACUGAAUUGUCUUUGGAUCCAGAAAUUGUGGAAGUAGGUAAAACUUCAGAGCUUCCUGUCACAGAAUCCAGAGGUUCUCCAGAUCUUGGAGAACAAGGUCCAACUGAUCUGACCAAGACAGAGGCUGCUGUUUCUACAGAAACUGAAAAUGGGUCAGUGGUGGAUGGUGGGAUAAGCCAAAGUGAAAAGACCUGCCUUGGUGAGACUCCUGUUUCUAAUGGGACCCCUUUAGAUACUGAAGUGGGAGAUUUCGGCAAAUCCAUAAGCCAAGUUGAAGUGAAUGGUCAAAAUGAACCUGCUGAAGAGUAUCUUGAAGACCAGAAUUGUGAUGUGAAGAGUGACCCAACAAAAUGUAAAUCCAUUGAGCAAGUCGAUGGAAAUCGAUCUCUAGAGGAACCUGAUCAAAUCUUGGAUUCGGGGCUGAGUAGAUCUGACCACGAAAUGGGAAUCCAAAGCCAUGAACUACUUAGUGAAUAAACCAUCUAUGGAAAGUGGAAGAUGUGGAAUUCUGGAUCUUAUUCAAACCAACCGCAUCUAGGUUUGAUUUGAGGAAAGACUGAGCUUAACUGUGCUGCAAGUGGGGGACACUUUUUUAAACCUGCAGUAUAUAUGAAUUUGCCUGGUUCCAUCAUCUAUCUAUUUAUCUUACAGAUGACUAAAGAUCAAUGAAGACCCAGCCUUGUGCCAAGAGAGUGCUUGGGAUGCAAGCUGUCAAAUGAAUACUUUUUUAGGCAUGUAAAUGCUCCAGUGAUUUAAGAGAUGCACACUUGAAUAGUUGAGGUAACUAAUCUUUAACUUGACCUGUUUUGCAAGAUCAGUUGUAACUAAUUGGAUAAUGUGAAGGUUUUAAAAUUUAAAUGCUUUGGAAACUUAAUAAA